UAGAUAGUGAAUAAUACACUCCACCAUUAAAAAUAUUAAAGUAAACCGUCCAUUCAUGCCUAAUCAUUAUUGAAGAUUAAAGAUAAUCCAAAGUCCAAUCACCAAUCUUCUUUACCAACUCUUCUACCAAUUUACAAAAGUCUUCACACUACCAUCCUAUAUCAAUCAACAAACCACCAUUACCAAUCUGUUCUUCCAUAAUCUAACACAAUUAGCUACCAAAAACUAGCAUGAGCGAUUCAGAGUGUAGUCGAAUCGAUGAUCUUAAAGCAUUUGAUGAAGCAAAAUCGGGUGUACAAGGACUGAUAGAAUCAGGAACAACAACUGUUCCUACCAUAUUUGUUAGAUCAACGGAGGAUCGUUCAAAAGAUUUCGAUACUUGUGUUGAAAACAUAAGUGUACCUGUUUUGGAUCUCGCCAAUUUUAGCGCAAAUGAUGAUAAUCGUACAACAGAGGUUGCUAAAGAAAUGGUUUCAGCUUCCAAAGAAUGGGGAUUCUUUCAAGUUGUAAAUCAUGGAAUUCCAUUGGAAACGUUGGAUAAGAUGAUUGAAUGUGGUCGUAUGUUUCAUGAACAAGAUGCUGAGGCUAAGAUGAAAUAUUAUAGUCGUGAUUUUUCUAUGACGUUCACUUAUGUGUCCAACCAUGACUUGUAUAAGUCAACUUCUGCUAAUUGGAGGGAUAACUUUUAUUUCAACACUACUUUUUCUGGUAAAAUGGAUCCUCAACAGUUGCCUUCAAUUUGCAAGGAUGCUGUGUUGGAGUAUGUAAAUCAAAUCCUUAAGUUGUGUGAUCGAGUACUUAUGUUACUAUCAAUAGGUCUUGAUUUAAAACCAGAAACACUUGGAGAACUAGAAAUUAAGAAAGGCUGGAAUUUAGGUUGCAACUAUUACCCAGCAUGUCCAGAACCAGAAUUAACAUUAGGAGCUCACGGACAUGCUGAUACCAACUUCUUGACAAUACUGUUGCAAGAUCAAAUUGGCGGCCUUCAAGUUCUUCAUCAAAACAAAUGGGUUAAUGUUAACCCUAUUUAUGGCGCCUUGAUUGUUAACAUUGGUGAUGCACUUCAGAUGGUAUCAAAUGACCAAUUGAAAAGUGUGUAUCACAGAGUAAUUGCAAAAAAUGUUGGACCAAGGAUAUCUCUUCCAUUGUUUUUCAAUGGUCUUUUUUCAUCUAAGAAGAUUUAUGGUCCAAUUAAGGAGCUGAUUUCAGAAGAAAAUCCACCUAUUUAUAAGGAUUUUACGAUUGAAGAGAUGAUGACAUACUUCUUUUCCAAGUCUCUUGAUGAUUUGGGAAUUGAACAUUUUAAACUAAACUCGAUAUUGUGAUCAUGUAAGGAUGGAUUUAUAGCAAUUAUAUUUCUUUUUGAAAUAUUUGAAAGGACAAAAAAUAAUAAACUUGUACUUUAAUGUUCAUAAUUUUGGAAUUUUUAAUCGACAUUUAAGUACCUGUUAUGAGAAGUUGUUAUUUAAUGUUCAGUGAUCAGAGAACUAGUAGAUCAAUUUGAUCCAGGAAGGACUUAUUUUGCUAAAAUAAAGUUGAUUCAAUUGAGCCAACUUAUUUUGUGUUGGAUAUACCAUGUACUAUUUAAUUAGUGUGUCAAAACUUAAGUCCAAAAGAAGAGGCAAACAAACAACAAACACAUAAGACAAAGAUAAACAACGCGUCGUCGCUUAUCCCUGAAACGUGAUUAUGUCGUUGGAUAGAACAAAAAGUCAACUCGUUGCUUAAGUAAUAAGUUGGCGCUAGAGAAAAUA